CGGGGGCCGGCGGGGGGCCUUCCGUAGCCCUGGGGACGCGGGAUCCGCUGGCCUUCGGUUCGCGUCACAAGUCGGCGACUGGCGCUGCGGCGGCCGGGGCGGCGAAGGCGGCGGCGGCGGCGGCGGCGGCGACAGCUCUGGGGUUUGCGUCUCGGGGUGUGUCGGCCGCCGCUGCUGCUGGGGCCUGGUAUGUACAAAUGGCUGGCUAGGAUUCUCGGCACCAUUUUCCGUUUCUGUGAGCGGCCGGUGCCCCCUGCGCGGGCCCCCCUGAAGAGGCGGCGCUCGAACAGCACUCUGUUUUCUACAGUGGACACUGAUGAAAUACCUGCUAAAAGACCAAGAUUAGAUUGCUUUAUUCACCAAGUGAAAAACAGUCUCUACAAUGCUGCCAGCUUAUUUGGAUUCCCAUUCCAGCUGACCACAAAGCCCAUGGUGACCUCUGCUUGUAACGGCACACGGAAUGCGGCCCCUUCAGGAGAGGUAUUUGCGAACUCUUCGUCUUGUGAACUGACUGGUUCUGGAUCCUGGAACAACAUGCUGAAACUGGGUAAUAAAUCACCUAACGGAAUAAGUGACUAUCCAAAGAUCAGAGUGACAGUAACCCGAGAUCAGCCUCGCAGAGUUCUGCCUUCCUUUGGUUUUACUUCAAACUCAGAAGGCUACAGUAGGAGACCAGGUGGCCGUCGCCAUAGCAAGGGCAAUCCAGAGAGUUCCGUAAUGUGGAGACCUCAGGAGCAGGUGGUGACAGAGGUGACCUCUGAAGACAGUGGCAAGGGUCUGAGGCGUCCCCACUGUACUGUGGAAGAGGGUGUUCAAAAAGAGGAGAGAGAAAAGUACCGAAGGUUGCUGGAGCGGCUGAAAGAAGGAGGCCAUGGGAACUCUGUUCCUCCAUUAGCUUCAGUUCAUCACAGUUCUCCAAGAAGUCAGAUGGACACAUUAAAGACCAAAGGCUGGGGAGAUGAGCUAAGUCAUGGAGUCAAAACAACCCAGUUUGUUCCAAAACAAUAUAGAGUUGUUGAAACAAGGGGACCUCUCUGUUCAGUGAGAAGUGAAAAGAGGUGUUCAAAGGGGAAAAUUCCUGAUUCAGAGAAGACAGUUGGAAUCAGACUAGAAAAUGAGAGUAAUCUUUUUGAUCAGAGGAGGGGACAUCAGCUAGAACCUGACUUAUCUGAAGAAGUUUCAGCCCGACUUCGCCUGGGCAGUGGAAGCAAUGGAUUACUCAGGAGGAAAAUAUCAAUACUUGAGACAAAAGAAAAACUUUGCUCAAGCAAAGAAAGGGAUAAAAGGACAGAUGAUCUUCUUGAUCUUACAGAGGACAUGGAAAAGGAAAUCAGCAAUGCCCUAGGCCACGGUCCCCAGGAUGAGAUCCUAAGUAGUGCUUUCAAAUUGCGAAUCACUCGAGGAGAUAUCCAGACCUUGAAGAACUAUCACUGGCUCAAUGAUGAAGUCAUCAAUUUUUAUAUGAAUCUUCUAGUGGAAAGAAACAAAAAACAAGAUUACCCAGCACUUCAUGCAUUCAGUACUUUCUUCUACCCCAAAUUAAAGUCUGGUGGUUACCAAGCAGUAAAAAGAUGGACCAAAGGGGUCAAUCUCUUUGAGCAGGAGCUUAUUUUGGUGCCUAUUCAUCGAAAGGUACAUUGGAGCCUCGUGGUGAUAGACCUAAGGAAAAAGUGUCUUAAAUAUCUGGAUUCAAUGGGACAAAAGGGCCACAGGAUCUGUGAGAUUCUCCUUCAGUAUUUACAGGAUGAAAGUAAGACCAAAAGAAACAUAGACCUGAAUCUUCUGGAGUGGACGCACUACAGCAUGAAGCCUCAUGAGAUUCCUCAACAGUUGAAUGGGAGUGACUGUGGAAUGUUUACUUGUAAAUAUGCAGAUUAUAUCGCUAGGGACAAACCGAUCACAUUCACUCAGCACCAGAUGCCUCUCUUCCGGAAGAAGAUGGUGUGGGAAAUCCUUCACCAGCAGUUGCUGUGAGAAUGUCCUGCUGGUCCCUGGAGCUGCUGGUAGUUCCUUUCACGGACAGAUGUUUCCAUAUACCUCAUGCAUUGUGGGUUAAGAAGUCCCCGCCUCACCUCUGUUCUCCCAGGUACUGAGCUAUCAAGUGCAUGAAGGCCUCGCACUGGACCGCACCGGACGUGCGCGGGCUGCUUGCAACCCUGUUCAUAAGGCUGUGCCUGCUCGGAGCCUUGGACCGUUCAACCCACACAAGAACAAACGCUAAUUAAUAUUUUUUUCUUUAGAUAUUUUUUCCCUGUGAAUGUGGGAAAUGCAGGAUUUGUCCUGUGAUUUUUUUUUUUUCUGUGUGUUGGUUCACGUGUAUUCAUUCGCUCACUCGUCUGCAGACAUGAUGGGCAGUGGCCAUUUUCUGCUGCUCUUUCACUGUUAACUCUGAAUAUCUUGUUUGAACUAUUUAUUUCUGGAAAAAAAGAAUGUUAAUCAAGCUGCCACUCUCUGCAGAAGAUCAGGUGGGGACAUCAGACUGGGGGACGAAGGAGGAAGUAUUCGUUUAACUCCUCUCAUGCUGGGGUAGCUGCUGCCAACUUGAAGCUAGUCCCAUUUUUGGAGGCUUGAAGCCGUGUGGUGGGGCAGGCCCGACUGCCUCUCUGGGGAGUCUCACGCCGCGUCCUGCCGACGCAGAAUCGUGACCAAGGAGUUCUGGCCAGUUGAGCAGCAUCGAGAAAUGUUGCGGUCAUGCGAGAGAGACUUCCUGGCCUGGGAUCAGGUGGCGCGUGGCUACUCUUGCAACUGGAUUUGAAGUAACUGUAAAACCUAACUCUCCUUUGAAAAUCCCAGAUCUGAUACGAGUGUGAAGCUCAGAAUUGUGACUGUUGGCCUGAGCUGUUUAUUUCAAAGGAUACUGUUGAAUUUAAAGCUAUUUUUUUUUCUCAAAGUUCUUUUUUUUUCUAUAUAUAGAUAUAUAAAGCCGAAAUUAAGUUUUGUAUACAUUAGCCUUUUCAUCCCCCAUACCACCCCCGCCGCAGUUUGUGGAAGAAAAUUUGAUACUUGUCUCUGAGGUUGCCAGUUAUACAAUAAUCUAUUUUGCAUAUGAAAGUUUGUAUUUAACUUUUUUUGUUCAUUAAAAACCUUACAGAUGUGGUUACGCAUUUUUAAUUUCUGAAAGUUGAGAGUUGGUCAGCCCGUAUUUUGCAAGACCUAGUGCCUAGUGUUGCUUUUCCAGUGUAAUAAAAGGUUGUCUCGAACCUGAACAGUAUAUGCUGAAGUGAUUUCGGACACUUUGCCUCCUUAACUCCUUCAAUUUGUCUUGGUAUACACCGUAGCCAAAGGGGAAGACAGCCUCGGGCCCUGAGCUGGCUCUGAGCCGCCAGCCCGGAGGGGUGUGCUGCCGUCUCCCUGCGAUGGGUCCCGGUCCUGGGCCGGAGCCAGGCGUGCUGGGGAAUCGCAGUGCCUGCUUGAAGCGCCCACCAGUUCCAUGCGCUGCAGCGCUGCUGAGGAGGGGCGGGCCGUGAGGUCUGCCUCCCGCCCAGGCGGCAGAGAGCCCUGCCCGCAGCCUCGUUCCACUCCCAGGGGCCCCGGGAGCUGGGCUGGGAGCCGAGUCACUCUCCAAAAAGGCUGGUGCCCACCUGGCACUCGGAGGUUUCCCCUGGAAAACUGAGCACUUGAACGAGUGUUCACGGGUGAACCCUGUGGGAAUGAGUGUGUAUUGCCCCAGUGACCGAUGCUGGAGGGAGUGUGGAUGUAUGGCCCCCAGGGUUUGCCGGCCGCUGGGCUGCUCUAGAAUGGGCUCGCCGUCCCCCUCUGCCCUCUGAUAACUCGGAACAGUCUUCGGGAUGUGAUGAAACCAGUCAGGGGAGAGCGUGAACCCAGAGAGGAUGGCGUCGGGCCUCCCAAUGCCUGAGGGUGUGCAGGUCCCACAGCCCCUGCAGCUCCAGCCUCUGCCCUGUCUCCCACGAGGUGGAGACCACCUGUUCGGAAUUUUUAUAGCUCAACAGUUUAUGAGGAAAGAAAAGGUCAGGAGAUUAAAACACAUCUCUUGAUUUUUUUCAGGAGCAAGUUCUCAACUUUAAAGCCAGUGAUAAUAAACAUGUUUAAAAUUGUAUGUUCAAAUGGGGGAGUUGUUUUUUUUUUUUUUUUUUUUUGGCUAGACGAUCUCUCCAGAGAUUGGUAUGGAUUUUUUUUUUUAAUUGUAGGUAAGUGUUUUUUCUCACAUCUGAGCCAGGAUGUGGAGGAGGGUGGGAUGGGGAAUGGCAGAUUUGGGGGCCCACAGAGGCUAUUGUGCAGAGCCCCAUGUUCUACCUCAGUUAACCUAAGUUCUUAGAACUGGUCUUUGAGUCCUUGGAGAUCAGGGAGCAUCUGUUGAUUGGUGGGGGCCCCGCAGCACUGAGGGAGGUGCCGGCACUGCCCACGGUGUGCAAGGGAGCCAGGACAAAAGGAGACAGAACCUCAGACUUGAGUAUUUAUUUAAAGUGAACACGUUAGCUACAGUGUUUGAAUUGGCCUGGGGAACUAAUAUGCUACCUUAUAUCUCUUCAAAAAAGUUCUUGGAAAGGAUUUCUAAGCACCCUAUAUUCAAAUAAGCCUUUGGUAUUUCAUUUGUUUGUUAAUUGGGGAUCCAGCUGGCUGUAUUGCUUUGAUAACUUUUAUAUUUUUGCCUAAUAUAUACAGGGAAGGGUGUACUACUGGAAUGGGUGUUGAUUUGAUCUAUUUACCAAUAAAUUCAUCUCUUUAAUUCA